CCGAAGAUCAAAUCUUUAAAAUUUACUCUGAUAUCAUAAAAUCUCCAAAUACAAGAUCAUGAUUCAUAUCUAAAAUUUAUAUCCAAUUACAAUAUGGCUAGCCUUCUAACUCGUCACUUCCCGUGGUUUCCCGUCCUCAGUUUCACUUCUUGAAAUGGUGGACAAGGAAAAACUAUGAGAUAAAGUCAGUAAGUAAAUAUGGAGUGCCCCUUAUCAAACUUAAAGCAUGCCAACAAGUACAAUCACGAAAACAGAUACAGUACGGGCACGAAAUAGACGUCUCCUCUAUAGGUCACGGCCAGUGUUUAAACCUCCCACUGGCAAGCAACAGGAAUUACUAGUGUUUAACUCCCACUAGUAGGAUUACAGGAAUGAACCGGUUCUAUCAGGAACAUGUCGACAUGUGCUAGCGUUUAAACCUCCCACUAGCGGGCAAUAGGAUAACAUGACCGUAUCGAAGACAAAACAGGCAGAAAUUAACAGAAAAUCAUGCUUUACUAAUCACUUUCAAAUCAUCGGGGUAAUCCAUUAAAUU